UGUCACCAUGGUGACCGGACGCUUUCACGGAAUUUCGUUAGCACACAAGGAGAAUUAAGUCAUUUAAUGCAACCUACUUAUGGAUUUAACACAGUGCCAGCUGUUCAUUUUGGAUCCCGGAUGUUAUCUUCACGGUCUUUAAAUAAAAAAGCUGUCAAAUAAACGUUCUUUUAAAAUUUCACUACCUUAAAACCUUGCCAAUAUAAAUUGUCUUGUAACUGUCACAAAGUUGACCGGCGGAACAAAUGGCGGCUUCGAAAGCAGUCGUUCCCGGACGAGCAUUAAGGACGUCCAAAAGAGCUGACAAAUCAUCCCCAGCGUCCACUCAGAGCUUUAUGGAAAGACUGCCAUCUGAGAUCCUGAUUAAGAUUUUGUCAUACCUGGAUGCUUCCACACUUUGCUGCAUAAACCACAUCAAUAAGCUCUUCUAUCAGCUUGCCAACAGCAAUGCUCUUUGGAGAAAUCUUUACAUUGCGGAUUUCAGCAAGAAUAAAAAGUGCAUGGACAAAUCUCUGUUGAGGAUGGCCACGAUGGAGGUGCAGGAUCGACCCGAAGGUUACUAUAAGAGGCUGUACUUCAAGACUGUAGCUGAAUGUGACAUGAUCAAGUGGACGAGGCGGCUUGGACUCAUCAGUAUUCACACAGGGCUACCCAGCCAAACAGAGUGGGUCCUCAGAAACUUGAACGUCACCUGGGAACUGACAGUCAUGGAUAAGUCAGGGCGUGAGCGCACUUUGGAGCAGAGCCGGUCCCAGUUCACUGAGACUUCAGUGACACUGUGCUGGAGCGGAGGAGACCGCUUGCCCGACUACCAGCAGAUUUCCACCCUUCAGCUCUACGGUGUCAGGAGGCUAGCCUGCGUCAGCCCAAAGAGACCUGUUUGUAGGUCCCUCAUGGCAAAGUUAGACAUGCAGACUCUAACUAAGAACAUGCAAGUCAUUGGCCAGGACAGAUUGGUGCAGCUUAAGUUGCUACAGCCUGGCAUCAUCAUCGGUGUCUGGAGGGACCAGUGCUCAGUUGCCUUUAUCAUGUUCACCCUCCACUUCCACAAGCUGGUGGAAAGAAGCACUCAGGGAUCUUCUGUUUGUUCUUAUGUGGAGCCGGUGGUCCAACCCCCUUACUGUGAUAUAGACCCUGAAUACGGUCUCCAUGGUUACCAGCUACACAUUGUUCUCCACAACACUGUAUGCGAGCUCAUGUCCGGAAGCUUUUCCCAGCUCUUCUGCCACAGAACUCAGAUCUCUGAUGGGCUGAUCCAGCUAACCGUCAUUAGCAGCACAAACUUGUCCCAGCACACACCUCUGUCUGGCGACAUCACCCUGCCCUGGCGUUGUGAGGCCCUGCAGGGCACAGUGGAGAAUUGCUGCAUUAUGAGUCUGACUCUGCUAGAUGAAUUUAGGAAGCCCUUCAAGUGUGUCACCUCGCCCGUUUCAGCGGAGCUGGAAAGGACGCCUGUGUGCUACGACUAUGACGGUGAGCACUACCUGAUCCACUAUCAGGACUCUGACGUCCAGGUGAAGAUGCUGCUUGUGUGGAUGAAUGAACAGAAGCAGUUUAUUCUCAUCAGUUUAGUUGUCUAUGUGAGUGUUUGCUAUGUAAAUAAGUAUUUCAGUAGAGAUUACUGAUUGUUCUGGAUUUCCCACAGAAAACUGGUUUCAUAUUUAAUAUUUGCUCACUCCAUAAGACCACCAUAACAGGUUGUUUAUUCAUUCAGUAAAUGUUGUAGUGCAAUGACUGCUGGUUUUAUCAUUAUUUUGCCUUCAAGUGUUUAAUGAAUGAAUUUAGUUUGAAUGGAUCUGAUUUCUUAAAAAAAAAACUUCUUUACUCUCUACUUAAUUUCCGAGUUAUUUCUUUUCUUUGGACUGGUUAAGCUUAAUCCUUCCCCGUUCUUGUCACUUUGCCUUUGACAAAAUAGUAAAGUCCUUGAAGUGUACCAUUUUCAGAGGAAUGCUUCUUCUCUUUUGUUGUUAAGCACUUAACACUGACCUGUGAAUCAUUCAAGCAUAAAAAGACAACUCGAGGGGUGAAUCAGUGUUGUGUCUACACAUAAAAUACAACAAAAGAACAAAAUAUAUUUUAAAUUGUAUCUUCAGGCAGCCUGUCACAAAAACACAUUUGUUUUCAUUUCUUUACUUGAAUCUAUGAAAAAUACCAACAGUAACACAGUUUGAUGCAUGUAAAAUAGUAUUUUUGCACCAACAAGUUGCAUUUGAAUCUCUAUGCAGCAUAUCCUUUAAAAACCUAAGUAAACCAGACAAAAAUCCAGCAAAGACCUGACACAGGACCCGAAAGAUGCAUCUGGCUCCUCAGUUGAUCCAUUUAUUGUUCACUGAAACCUUAUCAGAAGUGGUCUCAGUGGAAGGGUGGCUUUCAAUAAGCUAUUCAAACAGGGAGAAAAUGCUGAGGAAUGCCAAAUUACACAAAAACUUCACUGAAAAUCAGUAGCAAGAGUUUAUGGAGUGGUGAAUCAAAAUUUCUGGUUCAAAUGAUCAUCAAUAUGUACAGAGGAGGUCAGGAGAGAGGUAUGACAGUGUCGACAGCCAUCUAUAAAACACGGCGGAGGCUCUGUCAUGGUUUGGGGUUGCAUUUCUGCCAGUGGUGUUGGAGAUCUUGUUAAAAUUUAUGGUAUUAUGACCACAGAAUAACGCUGUCAGGUUUGGAUUCACCAUGCAGCACCAUCUGAUUUGCAAUGGCUUCAAUUUUCAACAUGACCCCAAAGCCACUGUCCUCCAGAACCCUGCAGAACUAUUGUUGACUACUUAGACUACUUAAAGAAACUGCCAAAAGGAGCUCAAGCUGUGUUAAAGAAUGAAGAUGGUCAUGCAAAUAUUGACCAUCAAAGUUCUGUUUUUGCCUUAUAUACUGUAUUUCCAUGUAUACUUUGAUAUGUUUAAAUAAAUUGCUCUAUGUUCGCGUUGGAGGAAUAGUGAUUGGAGUAAGUUAUAGUAUAUAAUCUAUGAUAGAUGUCCUAUAAGUUCUGUCAACAUAUUAUCCACCAGUGAUGGUUUCAUAGCCUGUAGUCCUGUAUUUGUCUAUUCUUUGCCUUCAUCAGUUUGCUGGUCCCUUAUUGCUUAAAGUAUCUAUAUUACUAACAUUGUCACUAAUUAUUCUUAGUCGUUAAUUACUGUAGUCAUGUCAACAUUUGAAUGCACCCACUCUUUAGUUAACAGUCUGAGAUUUUACUAAAUGGAAGCGAAAAAAUUUGCUUUACAUGCAUGAAUAAAAUAAAAGUU